AUGUCCUCUACUCCAACGAUUUCUAACUUCACAACACAGAAUACAUCAAUAGUGGUUACAACUUCACCCUUACAACUUGGCAUUUUGAUUACAACAGUUAGCGCAUGUUUUGCUUAUGGACUUGGUUUUGUUGGUAAUGUUUUAUCAUUAAUAGUAUUUUGCACUCAAGAUGAAUUUCGAAAAAUUUCAACUGGUCUCCUAUUUAUGUUAAUAACAAUAUCAAACUUUAUACAUUUAUGGACAUUAGCUUCAGAUUAUUUAACUGUGUACAAUUACGCUCUGUACCCAAAUAAUUUUAUGCAGUGUCGAUUCACAUAUUAUAUACAAAAUAUCAGUCGUGCAUUCAGUACUUAUUGGAUGGUUACGGUUGCACUUGAUCGUUUAAUUCGUACCGAAUAUCCAAUGCGUUCAAAAAAGAUAUGCACUAAACAUAAUGUAAUUAUAAUAAGCAUAAUUUAUUUUAUUAUUUUUGCUGCAUUUUGGUCAUUUUAUCUCAUUCCAGUAACCAAUCUAAUUUUCAUAUCAGGUUCUUGUUCUUAUGGACAAUCAGCGUCGCUUGCUUAUUUUGUUAAUAACCUACAUUAUCCUCUACGAGCUGCACUUGUUUGUUUUAUUCCAGUAAUACUUAUGGUUUUAGCAAAUGCACGUAUGAUAAUGAAUAUUCGUCAAUCAAGAAGACGUGUAACAAAUGGUACAACAGUACCUUCAUCAGAUAUGAAUAUUCCAGUGCCUAAUAUAUCAAGUUCUACAGGAACACAUACGCGUCGAAUGUCAGCACUUGAUCGAAUGUUAUUCUAUAUGAUGUUAGCCAAUGCAAUUACAUUUAUUACUACACAAGUUCCAUUUCAUCUUUUUAUGUGUAUACGAAAUAAUCUGACAGGAUUAGAUUCAAAUACUUUAUCAUUUAUACGUGCAGUACUUUUAAUUUGGUCAAGUCUUUAUUUUGGUAUUGCAUUUUACUUUUAUUGUUUAGCAGCUCCAUUGUUUCGUCAAAAAUUUAUUAAGAUGUUGAAGAAAGCUAUUUUUCUUCAAGGAAUAACUCAAUCAACAACACAUCGAAGAAAAGUCAAUUGA